GAUAAAGGCUUAAAGCGAGUUCUCCGUUCACUCUCUGCGCCUUCCUGAGUAAGGAAGUGCAGCACGUUUCAAAGCCCUCUGACGACUAUUUUGUGCGACUUCAAAAGCUCACUUUUGUUUUCACGUGUUCGUGUUGACUGUUUGCAGACGUCUUUGCUGUUUGGACAGAUAAUUUUGUACGGUGCAGUACGAGGACCUUUCACGCUGAUUCAGCAAUCAAAGCAUCAAGGUGACGCAUUGGACAAGGAAGCGUAAAGAGGAAAGACGCAAACGGCUGCUACAAGAAUGAAUAGUGAAAACUUUAGCAUCAGUGAAAAGAUCGUAUCCUCCUCUUACAUACGCCAGGGUGCGCAGGCGCGACGUGGCCACGAGCAGCUGAUACGACUGCUACUCGAACAGGGAAAGUGUCCUGAAGAUGGAUGGAGUGAAAGCACUAUUGAGCUCUUUCUCAAUGAGCUUGCGGUUAUGGACAGUAACAACUUUCUUGGAAACUGUGGGGUUGGAGAAAGAGAAGGAAGAGUUGCAUCCGGUCUGGUGGCCCGAAGACAUUACAGGUUGAUCCAUGGAAUUGGCCGAUCGGGGGAUAUUGCUGCCAUCCAGCCAAAAGCUGCUGGAUCUAGCCUCCUCAACAAGUUGACAAAUUCAGUAGUGUUGGACAUUUUAAAGGUAGCAGGAGUACGAACUGUCUCUAGUUGCUUUGUGGUUCCUAUGGCUACUGGAAUGAGCUUAACCCUUUGCUUCCUGACACUGAGGCAUAAAAGACCAAAAGCAAAGUACAUAAUCUGGCCACGGAUUGACCAGAAGUCCUGUUUCAAAUCAAUGAUAACUGCAGGAUUUGAACCUGUUGUCGUUGAGAACUUGCUGGAAGGAGAUGAACUGCGCACUGAUUUGCAGACUAUAGAGAGUAAGAUACAGGAGCUUGGAGCUGAAAAUAUUCUCUGCAUUCACUCCACAACCUCCUGUUUUGCACCUCGUGUUCCUGACAGACUGGAAGAGCUAGCUGUGAUGUGUGCAAAGUACAAUAUACCACACAUAGUCAACAAUGCUUAUGGAGUGCAGUCUUCAAAAUGCAUGCAUCUUAUUCAGCAGGGUGCACGUGUUGGAAGAAUAGAUGCAUUUGUCCAGAGUCUGGACAAGAACUUCAUGGUCCCUGUUGGUGGAGCAAUCAUUGCUGGCUUUGAUGACUCUUUUAUCCAGGACAUCAGUCGCAUGUAUCCUGGCAGAGCAUCAGCCUCUCCCUCUCUGGAUGUCCUAAUCACUUUGCUCACACUGGGAGCUAAUGGCUACAGGAAGCUACUUAAGCAAAGGAAGGUCUUUUCCACAUGCUCCUCAACCUUUCAGAGAUUUGCUGUUCAGGAAAUGUACACCAAUCUGGCUGAGGAGUUGAAAAAACUUGCAGAGACACAUGGAGAAAGGCUGCUGGAAACAUCUCACAACCCCAUUUCUUUGGCCAUGUCACUCUGCAGCCUAGAGAAGCAGAAUGACAGAGCUGUAACCCAGCUGGGGUCAAUGCUGUUCACUAGACAAGUGUCCGGAGCCAGGGUCGUUCCACGCGGGACUGAACAAACAGUGAGCGGGUAUACUUUCAAGGGAUUCAUGUCUCAUGCCAACGACUACCCAUGCCCUUACCUCAAUGCUGCUUCUGCCAUUGGAAUCACCAAAGAAGAUGUGACCCUGUGUAUUAAGAGACUAGACAAGUGCUUGAAGACUUUCAAAAAAGAGAAAUGUGACCAGUCAAGCACACUUGAGACUAGUCUGACAGGGAAUGAGGGAGAUCCCUGUGAGUGAGUCGAGAGUCUGUAUGAAGACUUUUAGUGCUUUGGAAAGCAUAUGACUGUUAAAGUCAUUUAAAUUAAAAGACGGAACAAUGAACAAGAGUCACUAACUUUUUUUGUAGCAAUACAAAUGAACUGCUUGAUCAAAAUA